AUGGCAUUUUUAUUUCAAGGUUCAGGAAUUGCAGCAUCUAUUUAUCUAGCAUUAUACGUCAUUUAUACAGCAUUUACUAUUCGAGUAGUUUAUGAAAAAGGUUUAAGAUCAAUUUAUACAUCAUUAUUAAUAUUUGGAUUAUUUAGAGUAUCGGGUCAAUUAUGUGGUGUUGCAUUUGCAAAACUAGGUUAUAAGCAUUAUCAAUGGUUAAUUGCUUAUUUGGUAUUUAGUGCAGAAGGUUACUUCACUUUAAUUUUAACAUCAUUUCAUUUAAUUGCUCAUGCUCAAAUUGCAACAACAGGUAAAUCUUGGGUUCGUCCAACUAGGGAUCAACAAAAAAUAAAUAGAACAAAUGCUAGAUCUUGGAAACAGAAACUAAAUGCAAGAUUUCCUCCAGCAACAAUUUUCCAUUUAUUAUUAAUCCCAGCUAAUGCAUUCAUUGUUUCUGGUGGAUCCCUUUUGGCUGGUCAGAAAGUAGGAGACAUGGAUCCUAGUAAAGUAAAUACUUCUAAAGCAUUAAGAACUACUGGACAAGUUAUAUUCUUGUUACAAACCUGUGUUGCUAUUGGAUUGGCUGUUUAUGUUUAUUUUGUUGAAAAAUUAAAACACAGUAAUAUUUACAGUAUAUUCUUGGUAUCCCCAUUUAUUGUGGUUAGAGGUAUAUUUGGUAUACUAUCUAUUUAUAUCAAAGACAUGAACUAUUAUGAUAUUUCCAAUUAUACCGCUGAAGGUUUCCAUACAAAGUUCAUCAUAUAUGAAUAUGUAUUGGCGAGUACUAUGGAAUUCAUAACUGGUUGUAUCUAUAUUUCAAAUUACUACUUUGAUAGCAGAACAUAUAAAACGGUCCACAGUGAUGAAGAAGAUUCAAAGUUGAGUAUUACACACGAAAUGAGGAAAUAA